AUGACUUGUGUCACAAUAUUUAGUAUAUUUACAAUGAAUGUAACAAGGUCACCUGUGGUGUCUCCCACAUCCCAUAAUAUUCAAGUUGUCACCCAUCCGUGUGUACCUGAUGAUAGUCAACAAGAACUACUCCAACACACCAUUAGUCUUAGUAAUACUGAAGAUGGUAUUGAUAAUCAAGUCUUUACCGUUGAAUCGGCUCUAAAUGAAGGUAUCCAGACAGCAUUGAGAAACACACAAAUACCGUCUGUAACUUUUGAUUGUAGUCAAGAACGACCAGUCUUUACCUUCGAUACUGUAUCAAUACCAGAAUCGACAUUUGAAGAUGGCUAUGAUGAGUUUCCUAUAUUUCGUGGGUUACCUGUCAGUCGACGCGGAAGCUUUUCCCCAUACUGCUCUUCAAGUGAGAAGGACAGUUUAUUUGUUCCUGAUAGCAUGACAGGUGUUUGCAGUGCUUCGCAAGGUCAAGGCUUGUCUCUCAACCUAGGACAUCCAAAGAAAGAUUUUGGAUUAAAGUCUCAGAAUUUUCAGCCCUGUUUCUCCCCUUAA